GCUUAAGGAUGACCAGGAGUUAGAGAGACAUCGAAUUAGCCUUGACUGGGCUCCUUUUUAAGGAAAAGCGUUUCAACAUGGCAUGCCAUGAUUGGAUAUUGUUUUAGCUCUCAAGUUUCCUUCUCAAAGAAUAAAGAGUUUAUUGGACAACAACCGCACCUGCAGAGACGCAGAGAAAAAAAAUCUCGGAUAUGUCUUUUGGCCUACCUAACUAAUCGUUUCGAAAUAUCGUUAUAACUUUAUAAGAUGCGCUCUAGAAUCGGUCGCAUUUUAGCUUAAAAAGGUUAUGCAGAAUUCUUCUUUUCAUAUAAAACGGGCGGUGUGUUUUUUCGGAGCAAAAAGGUGGUUAAAACUAGCAAAGUGGUAAUAUAUUAGGACUUGUGUUAGUACCUUUUAACCACUCUACUGGCAUCUAACCGGUAGAGUUAUAUUUUACAGGCUGCUCACUUCAACGCCACUAGCUUGAUGAGAGGGACCCAUCAUACCAAGUGUGAUCUUGAUCUCAAGGGGGCAAGACGCCAGAUGUGAACUCGAGGUCCUUUGCCGAUGCGAUGAAAGAACAGGAAAACAACCGUGACAGGGUGUCCUUGAUGCAAAAACUGGCUGCCAAGCAACAAGAAGGAACCCUGAAAGCAGUAUCUAAUGGAGCUUCAAUCUCCGAGGAAAGGAAGCGAAAGCGAUGGGAUCUGGCUACCAGCGGCGAAGAAGCCGAGACACCCCAGCAGAAAAAGACGGUAAAUGAUUUCGCCGAUGCACAGACACCUCAUAUGCAACGAUGGGACGAGACUCCUGGACGGAGCAAAGGAGCUGAUACGCCCGGUGUGACACCAUCUGCAAGUACUCGAAUGUGGGAUGCCACGCCGAGUUAUAUGACUCCUGGAGCAGCGACGCCAUCACAGACUCCAGGAGCUCAGACACCCGGACGGACUCCGGCGGGUGGAGGAGGUGGUGGUCAAACGCCGAGUGCAAGAAGAAACCGAUGGGAUGAGACUCCAAAGACGGAUCGAGAGACACCUGGACAUCCUAGUGGAUGGGCAGAGACUCCAAGGACAGAUCGCGGCGGGGAAUCGGGAGCAGUUGAAAGUACUCCGACUCCUGGAGCGUCGAAGAGAAAGAGUCGUUGGGAUGAAACUCCCGGAACUGGAGGAGCUACACCCUCCACACCCAUUACUCCAGCUGGAACGAUGACUCCUGGAGGUGGCGUGACCCCGACGGGAUUGGGUGGCAUAACACCUGGGUCAAUGACACCUAACUCCGCAGCUGGAAUGUUUACGCCGUCGGGAGCUACUCCAGUGGGAGCUAAGGCGAUGAUCAUGGCGACCCCAAGUGCUGCAGGGUUGGUAACUCCUGAGCAGAUGUACGCACACAGACUGGAAAAGGAAAUGGACGAUCGAAACCGGGCUUUGUCAGAUGCAGAACUGGACUCGAUGUUGCCAGAGGGUUACAAAGUGUUGCCACCACCUGCGAAUUAUGUUCCGAUUCAGUCUGUGAACAGACGAUUGACAGCAACGCCUACUCCCAUUUCUAUGCAGAGUGGGGCCACUCCUGUUGGAUUCACGAUGCAAUCUGAGGAACCGACUAAAGUAGGCCUGGAACAGAUGCCGGCUGGAAAUCUGCCGUUCUUGAAGCCAGAUGACGAGCAGUAUUUUGGAAAACUCUUGACUGAAGUUGACGAAGAGGCAUUGCCGCCUGAAGAGCAGAAAGAACGUCGAAUUAUGAAGUUGCUGUUGAAGAUCAAAAAUGGCACGCCGCCAAUGCGGAAAAGUGCGUUGCGCCAGAUCACAGAUAAGGCGAGGGAGUUCGGAGCAGGUCCACUGUUCAACCAGAUCUUACCGCUGCUUAUGUCGCCUACUCUGGAAGACCAGGAGAGACAUCUGUUGGUCAAGGUCAUUGAUCGAAUUCUGUACAAGUUGGACGAUCUCGUCAGACCAUACGUUCAUAAGAUUCUGGUCGUGAUCGAGCCCCUCCUCAUUGACGAAGACUACUACGCUCGAGUAGAGGGACGCGAAAUCAUUUCAAACUUGGCAAAGGCCGCUGGCUUAGCCCAGAUGAUCUCAACUAUGCGACCGGAUAUCGACAAUCUGGACGAAUACGUCAGAAACACGACUGCUCGUGCAUUUGCAGUUGUCGCUUCAGCUCUCGGGAUUCCGUCUCUGUUGCCGUUCUUGAAGGCAGUGUGUAAGAGUAAGAAGUCGUGGCAGGCAAGACAUACUGGAAUUAAGAUUGUGCAGCAGAUUUCUAUUCUGAUGGGAUGUGCUAUUCUGCCGCAUUUGAGGAAUUUGGUCGAAAUCAUAGAACAUGGUCUGGUGGAUACUGAGCAGAAAGUGCGUACCAUCACAGCCCUGGCUCUAGCGGCACUGGCUGAGGCAGCUACUCCAUACGGAAUAGAGAGUUUCGACAGUGUGCUCAAACCACUCUGGAAGGGCAUCCGACAACACAGAGGAAAGGGACUGGCCGCAUUCCUCAAGGCUAUCGGAUAUCUGAUCCCCUUGAUGGACGCUGAGAGUGCGAACUACUACACCAGGGAAGUGAUGUUGGUGCUGGUCAGGGAGUUCCAGAGUCCGGAUGAGGAGAUGAAGAAGAUAGUGUUGAAGGUGGUGAAGCAGUGCUGUGCCACUGAUGGUGUGGAGCCAACUUACAUCAGCCAGGAGAUCCUUCCACCCUAUUUCAAGUACUUCUGGAAUCACAGGAUGGCAAUGGACAAGCGAAACUACAGACAGCUGGUGGACACUACAGUGGAGAUAGCGAACAAAGUGGGAAGUCGGGAGAUAGUGGCCAAAGUGGUGGAUGACCUGAAGGAUGAGUCAGAGCAGUACAGGAAGAUGGUGAUGGAGACUAUUGAGAAGAUCAUGAGCAGCAUGGGCGCCACAGAGAUAGACAACAGACUAGAGGAACAACUAAUCGACGGCAUACUCUACGCAUUCCAGGAGCAGACGACGGAGGACAUUGUGAUUUUGAAUGGAUUCGGGGCCAUAGUGACUGCACUGGGGGAGAGGGUGAAGCCAUAUUUGCCCCAGAUAUGUGGAACAGUGCUGUGGCGACUGAACAACAAGACAGCCAAAGUGAGACAGCAGGCUGCUGAUCUCAUUGCAAGGAUAGCCGCUGUCAUGAAGAUAUGCCAGGAGGAAAAACUGAUGGGUCAUUUGGGUGUGGUCCUGUACGAAUACCUGGGCGAGGAGUACCCGGAGGUACUGGGAAGUAUCCUGGGUGCAUUGAAAGCCAUCGUGAAUGUGAUCGGCAUGACUAAGAUGACCCCACCUAUUAAGGAUCUCCUUCCUCGUUUGACACCCAUCCUCAAAAACAGACACGAAAAAGUGCAAGAGAACUGUAUAGACCUUGUGGGUCGUAUCGCAGACAGGGGAUCGGAGUACGUUAGUGCGAGGGAGUGGAUGAGGAUAUGCUUCGAACUGCUGGAGUUGCUCAAGGCACAUAAGAAGAGCAUCAGACGGGCCAGUGUGAACACAUUCGGAUACAUCGCCAAGGCCAUCGGACCACACGACGUGCUUGCAACUCUGCUGAACAAUCUGAAAGUACAAGAGCGACAGAACAGAGUGUGCACUACAGUGGCCAUAGCCAUAGUGAGUGAGACAUGCUCCCCCUUCACAGUACUGCCUGCACUGAUGAAUGAAUACAGAGUGCCAGAGUUGAAUGUGCAGAAUGGAGUGCUGAAGUCCUUGUCCUUCAUGUUUGAGUAUAUCGGGGAGAUGGCCAAGGAUUAUAUUUAUGCGGUCACGCCUCUUUUGGAAGAUGCACUCAUGGAGAGAGACCUGGUGCAUCGACAGAUAGCCUCAGCCACCAUUCAGCACCUGGCAUUAGGAGUGAAUGGGUUUGGGUGUGAGGACGCCCUCACCCACCUGCUGAAUCUGAUGUGGCCCAAUAUAUUCGAGACCAGUCCCCACGUGGUGCAGGCAGUCAUAGGAGCAAUUGAGGGACUGAGGGUGUCACUAGGAGUGAACAAGAUACUGCAGUACACUUUACAGGGACUGUUCCAUCCCGCGAGGAAAGUGCGCGAUGUGUACUGGAGGAUAUACAACACACUCUACAUUGGAGGACAGGAUGCACUGGUGGCUGGAUUCCCCAGAGUGCCAGAUGACGACAAGAACACAUACUCCAGACACCAUCUCUACUAUUUCCUGUAGAUGACCUCACCUCACAAUACUCAGUAGCCACAAUACUCCUCUCCCCCUUGUCCUCCUCCCUCCUCGAAUAUAGCAUCAGCUCUACGUUUCAGACCAGACUAAAAAAACUCAAACAAGAUGAUGGCGAUGAUUCAAAGCAAUGCAGACGACCUUUCAGAUAAACUCUUUUUACGUAGAAAAAUUGAAUGUAGAUGAGAUAAAUGAAGAUAUUGACUGUUUUGCUCGUUAUUGAAGUUGAAGAUUUGACUUGAUGAAUUCGUGUUAGAAUAUAUAAGUCAUGUUAUGGGAAAUAUAAAUGAGGCAAGUUAAAAGCGAGAAGACAAAUUGGAUUGGCUCAGAACAAGCUGACAAUGAAAAAAAAAUAGGAAGUGUCGUGAAUAUAUGAUCUGCUCUUUUUUAUUGGCUUUUUUAGGAUAUUCUUCUGACAAAACUUGAUAGUAAAACUUUGAUGCAGCGCAAAUAUUAAAUCAUUGCCUCUGUACAUUUUCUGAAAUAUGUUAAUUUUCAUUGUCAUUUUUAUGGGUUCGAAUUCUCGUUGCAUCAAGCAGUUCGAACGAGAAAAGAGUUAUUGAGUUUUAUUCUGAAAUAAAAUGCCGAUUUUCUGUAGUUCUUGAUUUAGUGUUGCAUAUAAUAAACAGGGUGAACAAAUAAUUGGAUGUUUUUAUAGUCUCAAAAUGUUUUCCGAAGGCUUAAAUUCGGUUUCUUUAGCUUCAAAAUCCCAAAAAGUUGCUAAGAUUGCAAAAACUUAGAAACUAAAUGCUAAUCAUUUUUUCGUGCUUGUGUGUUCACCCUGAUUGCAUUUCAUAGCCCUAUAUUUUCAUCUGAUAAUGAAUCACAGUGAGAUUAGAGUCAACUGAUCUUGUAAAUUGUCAAUUCAAAGCAGAUGAACUCAAGAUAAUAUGUUUUGAAUGUUA